AUGGAUCUACAAGGUACCAAAGAAGCCCGGACGCAGGAAGAGGCCGAAGGCUCUCUCGAGGCGUAUGGCGCUGGAGGUGGUCGUUCCAAAGAGUAUCACAAGAGUGAGGGGCGAGACUCUCGUAACCAUGAUGACCGAACUUCCAUUCAUCCUUUGCGCCGUCGCCAGCAAACUUUCGCCUAUCCCCACGGAGCUCAACGUCCUGCCUCGUCGGUGCCGGUAGUUCUAGCUCGCUCUCGAGAGCCCUCACCGUCACCGGAAGCCAUCAGUAUACCUAAAGCCUUAGGGCUAAGUUCUCGCGAUCAACGCCUGUUGCGCAAAGCCCGGCGGUUUCCACCAGUUACGAAGAAGACGCUUAGCGAACUCGAUUUGCAUUGUAUCAUGAGCAACAUUAACCUCCGGAUGGAUGCCAACUUCGAUCGUGACCUGCACUUCAAGCCUGAUCUAGAAGGGGAGAAGGGUCAGCGCAAACGGAAAGAAGCUGCGGACUACUGGGACUCUUUGGCCACAGAGAUUGCUAUCUACGCAUACCGUGCCGCAACUGCCGAUAGCGUCACCGAGGAAGUCGAGACGAGUGAUGGUGCUCGACGGACCUUCGAUCCUCGUUUGCCCGCCUUAUUCGAGACAUUACAGGACGUCAUCAAGACCCUUGUCCCGGAAUGCGAUCAUCCGACUGUGAUGCAGAACCUAGAGGUUCCAUUGCUGAUGCAACAAAUACGCAAAGGCGUUCUCGACAUGCUUACACUGGCGACAUGGCUGGCAAAACUGUUGAAAACACAUUGUGCUCCGAUGCGAGAUGAGUGGGCGGAUCAUAUGGUCGAGCAAGUGCGAAAGGGCUCACAAUCCCAAGACCCCGCGGAGAUCGUCAGUGGUCUGCAGACGCUAUUCAACAUUCUCGAGGCGAUGAAGUUGGACGUCGCCAACCACCAGAUCCGAGCAUUCCGUGUCCUCCUCAUCGAAGACACAGUCCCCUUCCUCCAGGAAUACUUCCAAGGCAAAAUAGCCCGAGGCAGUUUCCAAGUCGAGCCCUCCCGAGACUGGUACCUCUCUGUGCGCGAACAAGCCCGCCAAGACGACGCAAGCGCAGACCCUCAAAAAGCAUCAACACCGCAAACAGAGACCAGCCUCAAACCGCUCGAAGCCCUAUUCCGCGGAAUUUCCGGCCAACUCCUCCAAUUCCUUCCUCCCACUGACUUCCCCGAUACCUUCUUGUUUGACUCCGAGCGUCUCUGGCAACUCCGCUCCACAAUCCAAAACCUGAUCAACCUCGACAUCGCCUGGUACAUCUUCGAGUCAUAUGUCAACAAGCACAAGCGGUAUCUCUCCGCCCCAGACGAAACAUACUCCACCUUCCGCUCGCGCAUCUGGUCCCUAAUGGAAAACGGCAUGGACCUGCAGAACCGAAUUGCCGGGAACCCAGCCAACAACGAGGACGAUCCGGACCACCGCGGCGGAAAGCGCUGGACGCAGAAUAUGCGCUGUAUCGCGCUCGAGAUUGCCCGCUUUGCCUGUGCAGCACUACAGCUCGACGCUGUCGUCGCGGACGAGGUCAUUGUCCCCAUCGAAGAGGCACUUGAGUGGCAUCUCUCGAAUGAGUCCGACCUCUUUUCCUUCUUCCAGAACAGGAUGCGUGGGAAGAUCCUCACUGCCACGAUGACUGCCGCUCGUCGUUACUUGCCACUCUCCCCGUUGGCUAUUUGUGAGUCGCAGCGAGUCCCUCUUUCUGCCACACCGGCCAUUCCUCCGUCGCAGGGUGCAAGAUUGACUGCGCCUGGAUCGUCGUCGCAGACUCUCGAUGCACAGCAGUCCGAUAUUGAGCGCAUUGGGAUGCGUCUUGCUCAUAUCGGUGUGCUGCACUGGCGGGUUUGGGCUCCUUUGUUGUACCUUCGGGAUGAACUCGCAAUGGUGGAGCUUGGGCAGUGGGCGUUGGUAUAG